AUAGUUAACUAUAGUCAGUGAAGUAUAAAGCAAAGGGAAUUCUGGGUCUUUCGUCUGUGUGUAAAGAUGGCGUCGCAAAUAUCGAAGAAGAGAAAGUUUGUUGCAGAUGGUGUUUUUAAAGCAGAAUUAAAUGAAUUCUUGCGUCGUGAACUUGCUGAAGAUGGAUACAGUGGAGUUGAAGUUAGAGUUACUCCAACACGAACGGAGAUUAUCAUCCUUGCUACCCGAACUCAAAGUGUAUUGGGAGAAAAGGGAAGGAGAAUAAGAGAAUUGACAUCUGUAGUUCAAAAGAGAUUUAACUUUCCUGAAGGAACAGUUGAGUUGUAUGCAGAGAAGGUUGCUUCUCGUGGUCUCUGUGCCAUUGCACAAUGCGAAUCUCUUCGGUACAAGUUGAUUGGAGGAUUGGCAGUACGAAGAGCAUGCUAUGGUGUAUUGAGAUUUAUUAUGGAAAGUGGAGCUAAGGGAUGUGAAGUUGUAGUUUCUGGGAAACUCAGAGGACAAAGAGCCAAGUCUAUGAAGUUUGUAGAUGGUCUGAUGAUUCAUAGUGGCGAACCCACUAAUGAUUAUGUUGAAACUGCUGUUCGUCAUGUUUUGUUAAGACAAGGUGUACUUGGCAUAAAAGUAAAAAUUAUGUUGCCAUACGAUCAGAACGGAAAGACCGGACCCAAACGACCAUUGCCCGAUCACGUAAGGAUUGUGGAACCAAAGGAGGAAGAUCAGCCACCACAACCCUAUAGUGAACCUAAAAGUGAUAAGCCAUCUGUAGUUGCACCAGUAUAAUGUAAUUAUUUUGGCAUUUCUAAUAAAAAUGAAGUUGUGGAACAAAUU